GAAGAGGCAGUAACUGUAUUUUGGAAGGGUGCUGUUCUUGAGGUUAACAGUGGAAACUUUUCCCCUUUGUUAUUUUGCUUAGCCAGACAGGGCAACAAAGAUGAUUGGGAAUGAAGAGGACAUUUCUGACAUCUCCCGUCGUGCAACUGUGAAUAAGAGGACAAGUGGAAUUCUGUGGAGGCAGUCGUUCUUUCAGUGUGGAAAAAAAUUACUGUGAAGGACAAAAAAAUUGACACACUUAAAAGGCAGAAAAGGAAAGAACGGAAGGCAGAGAACAAGAGGGGAAAAGAAAUCUCCAGCUCUUCCUACUGAUGUUGAUGCACUUCUGAUCAUCUGAAAAAAUCAACAGGGAAAAGGAAGGAGAAAAGGUUCCCUGGGCAGAUAAACAUUCAGGGGUGCCUCAGAUGACAAUAGACUUGACAAAGUGCACCCAGAUGAGAAACAAAUUCAAUGCAUUAAACAAGGAAAGAGCAUCACAAUGCACAGUGAUUAUACUUCACGUGAAACAUCCCUGAGAGGUGAGAGAGAGUAUAAAUGCCUACAGUGUGGAAAGAGCUUCAGUGAGACCAGUAGGCUUGUUUCUCAUCAAAGGACUCACACUGGGGAGAAACCAUAUAAAUGCAUGGAAUGUGGAAAGAGCUUCGGUCACGUCAGUUCCCUGAGUAGACAUGAAAGAACUCACACUGGGGAGAAAUCAUAUAAAUGCAUGGAAUGUGGAAAGAGCUUCCGUAAGAACACUCACAUGAGUUCACAUCAAAGAACUCACACUGGGGAGAAACCAUAUAAAUGCAUGGAAUGUGGAAAAAGCUUCGCUCACAGCAAGAGUCUCAGUUCCCAUCGAAGAACUCACACUGGGGAGAAACCAUAUAAAUGUAUGGCAUGUGGAAUGAGCUUCAGUCGCAGCAGUGCCCUGAGUUCACAUCAAGGAACACACACUGGGGAAAAACCAUAUAAAUGCAUGGAAUGUGGAAAGAGCUUCAGGCAGAAUGGUGGCCUGAGUACACAUCAAAGAACUCACACUGGAGUGAAACCAUAUAAAUGCAUAGAAUGUGGAAAGAGCUUCAGUCAGAGCAGUCACCUGAGUAACCAUCAGAGAAUUCAUACUGGGGAGAAACCAUAUAAAUGUGUGGAUUGUGGAAGCAGCUUCAUUAAUAGCACUCUCCUGAGUUCACAUCAAAGAAUUCACACUGGAGAGAAACCAUACAAAUGCAUGGAAUGUGGACAGAGUUUCAAUCACAACGGUUCCCUGAGUUCACAUAAAAGAACUCACACUGGAGAGAAACCAUAUAAAUGCAUGGAAUGUGGAAAGAGCUUCAAUCAGAAGAAUAACCUGACUACCCAUCAAAGAACUCACACUGGGGAGCAACCUUAUAAAUGCAUAGAAUGUGGAAAGGGCUUCAAUCAGAAGAGUUCCCUGAGUUCCCAUCAAAGAACUCACACUGGGGAGAAACCAUAUAAAUGCUUGGAAUGUGGGAAGUGUUUCAGUCAGAACAGUUCCCUGAGUUCUCAUCAAAGAACUCACACAGGGGAAAAACCAUAUAACUGCAUGGAAUGUGGAAAGAGCUUCAGUCACAACAAGAGUCUGAGUUCCCAUCAAAGAACUCACACUGGGGAGAAACCAUAUAAAUGCUUGGAAUGUGGGAAGUGUUUCAGUCAGAACAGUUCCCUGAGUUCUCAUCAAAGAACUCACACUGGGGAGAAACCAUAUAAAUGCUUGGAAUGUGGGAAGUGUUUCAGUCAGAACAGUUCCCUGAGUUCUCAUCAAAGAACUCACACUGGGGAGAAACCAUAUAAAUGCUUGGAAUGUGGGAAGUGUUUCAGUCAGAACAGUUCCCUGAGUUCUCAUCAAAGAACUCACACUGGGGAGAAACCAUAUAAAUGCUUGGAAUGUGGGAAGUGUUUCAGUCAGAACAGUUCCCUGAGUUCUCAUCAAAGAACUCACACAGGGGAAAAACCAUAUAACUGCAUGGAAUGUGGAAAGAGCUUCAGUCACAACAAGAGUCUGAGUUCCCAUCAAAGAACUCACACUGGGGAGAAACCAUAUAAAUGCUUGGAAUGUGGGAAGUGUUUCAGUCAGAACAGUUCCCUGAGUUCUCAUCAAAGAACUCACACUGGGGAGAAACCAUAUAAAUGCUUGGAAUGUGGGAAAUUUAUUUGGAGCACACAUGGGUGUCUCUUGCACUAAGCAAAGGGUUGCACAGAAUUUUUAUUGGCCAGGGAUGGGGAAGCAAAUUAAUCAAUACUGGCAAACCUGUGAUACUUGCUAGAAGCAAGGUACUGGAUGUCACAACCCAGCCUCCGUAAGGAAUGCUUGAUUAGUUGAAUAGAGAGCUCCAGGUGUCUGGGUCCUCCUUAUCAGCUUGAGCAGAGUCUGAAUGACCCCAGCUAGGACGUACUGCAGACCCCUUCCA